AUGGAGGAGGCCCAGGACCUGCAUGUCCUGGACAGGGUGCGCAGGAGACCCCUGAAAAUUCAUCAGCGCAGUCACACCAGGGAGAGACCAUUCUCCUGCCCCCAGUGCGGGAACAGCUUCACCCACUCCUCCCACUUGCUGGCACACCAGCGUGUCCACACCGGGGAGAGACCCUUCCCCUGCUUUAAUUGUGUGAAGGCCUUCAGCAAAUCCUCUGACCGACUGAAGCACCAGCGGCGGGUCCACACGGGGGAGAGACCGUUCUCCUGCCCAGAGUGCGAGAAACGCUUUAACCGCUCCUCCAACAUACUGACCCACCGGAGGGUCCACACGGGAGAGUGGCUGUUCAAUUGCCCUGAGUGCAUGAAGGGCUUCAGCAAUUCUUGUGCUCUGCUGACCCACCAGCGGGGCCAUACAGAGGAGAGGCCACUCAGCUGCCCUGAGUGUGGCAAGAGGUUCACAUAUUCCAGCAACUUGUGA